AUGCGUGACGCGACUGUGGCCUCGACGGGAACACUAUUGCCGUGGGUGAGCCAAAAGGCAUCCAGCCGUUAUGCCUGGCUGGGGUGGGACAUCAUGGACAACCUGCUGUUCUCAUUUUGCGAGUCGAAUGAGACCCGACGGUAUACAGACCUUAACCCCAUCUCCGAGGAGACACUGACAGCUAUCAUGGAGGCUGUGACAAAAGCCGUGAAGAAGGCUAUAGGGGACGAGAUGUCUGAGAACUUCGGUCUCGUUCUCGACGGUUGGACCCACGGUACGGAACACUAUUUGGCGUUCUAUGCAUGCUACGAAACCUCGGCGGGCUUGCAGCUCCCGCUUUUGUCGCUGGCCCCUGUGAUGGACGAGCCCGGUGACUGA